AUGAGGUUCAUAAAUAAAAAAGCUUAAGAAUUGAGUCUAUAUACGUAAGAUGAAUUAAAGCAGUCUAAGAUCAACAUUCUUAUGCCCUAAAUAAUUGCUGAAAAUCAUCAUAAAUUUGUAAAACAUUUCAUGGAAACUGGGAAAUCAUCGAUAAUUUCUAAACCAAAGCCAUUGCUAAUGAAAUAAAAAGAUGGGCAUAUAGUUCAUAUAAAGGCUUAAGUUCUAUUAAACAGUAAUAACUUUACAUAACUAUCGAUAACUUUUUUCCCAUAUGAGGAUCAUAAACCAUUUGAAACUGAAGAUGAUGUCCUUAGAAAGCAAGAAUAUGGAAUCUUAACUAUAGAUUAAAAUUUGAAAGUGAUGGAGAUAUCUUAGAGUUGCUAUCAUAUAUGUGGAUUAAAUUAAAAAACUUUUAGGAAAAUUGUCGAAGAUUCCAUAAAUUUCAUCUAUCUGCAGGACCUAUUUCACUUUGAAGGGGAUAGUUUUUUCUUUUAAAAUGAGUUUCUUAAUGGCAAACUCUUUGAAAAAGUAACAAGAAAAUAUGAUGAUUAAAUUUAAGAUGAUAACGAUGAAGAGGAUUUUAAAAUAUUAAAAAAGCAUUAAAGCUCAAAUCUAAAGUUAUAAAUUUAAGUUUAAUUACUACAAAGUGCUAAUCUCUCUACUUAUAAUGAUAUGGACUCAUCAGAGCUAAACUUUUCACUAAUUUGUGAAGUUGAAUCCUUGCUAGAUGGAGAGGUGAAAUUUCCGAUAGUUUAUAUCAAGAGAAACCAAAAUAAUGAGAUGAGAAGUAGACAGAUAGAGAGGGAAAAACUAUUAUGA